ACCAUCAGCCAAUUUGUAGUAAGCGCGUAAGGUGAACGAUGGAAAGAGUUGAAUGGUUCAUCAUCCUCGUUCAGCUGACGAUGGAAUUUAAGAUAUCAUGGGUUCAAAUUGCCAUCAAUGGAGCACCAUCUUUAAGGGAAGCUAUAUUUUGUUCGUCAUAUUAUUUUAAAUAAAACAGUCACUGGUAAACCUAUAAAGCUAAACCUGCGAUCAAAUUAAAUUGAAUAAGGCUUAAAUUACUAGAAAAUUGUGACUGGUAUAUGUCCAUAGUCAAUAUCUACAAUCUUCUUGUUAAUGUCAAAUAGGAAGUAAUCUCCUUCCUUUUCUGGAACAUGGAGAUCCCCGCCGCCAUAAGAGUUCAAACAAGGAACCUAACUUUGAGUUUGAUUUAAAUAAAUAAUUUGGAUUAUGGGGAAACCUCUGUGAAAUGCGACUGCUAAAAGACAUUAAAGCACCCAUUAAUCCUAAUAUCCUACCAAUCUAUUCAUAGUGCUUACCACUACCUUCAGAUAUACUAUUUUGGUUCCCAACUGUUUUCUUGUCUCCCUCCAUUGUCUCCGCAAUGCGUCGUCCAAGUCGCGCUGAAGGCUUCUCCAAGGAACGCCUAAGAUGGACUCGAGAGCUCCAGGAUCGAUUCGAAGAAGCUGUUAACCAGCUAGGAGGUCCAGAUAGGGCGACGCCUAAGGGAAUUCUCAAGGCUAUGGGCGUUGAUGGGCUUACCAUUUACCAUGUCAAAAGUCACUUGCAGAAAUACAGGAUGGUAAAGUUUGUUCCAGAAACAAAUACUAAAUGCAAGUUUGAGAGAAGUAUUUCAGAAAUACUGCCUAAUUUUGGUACAACAUCAGCUGCACAGCUUAAUGAAGCAUUGUUAUUGCAUAUGGAAGCACAAAGAAAACAAGGGGAUGAUAAACUCGAGGUCCGAAGGAAUUUGAAGAUCAAGAUUGAAGCACAGACGAGAUAUUUCAAGAGAAUUUCAGGCGGGGAUCAUAGGAACCGAGUCCCCCCAACAAAAGCUACCAAAUCAUCAUCUCCUGUAUCAUUGCCUUCAUUAUGUGAGGAGUCUGAGUCCAACAUAAAGGAUUCCGAAGCCGAUUCUGAGGCCAGAAUAGCGAAAGAUAACUCGGCAUCAUCAUUGUCGAUAUACACAUUUGCAUCGACAUUCCACCCAGAUGCCUAUGAAUACAAUGAUCCAAACAUGCAAGAAAGACUUUCCUACACCGCUAAUGAUAUCAUCGUCUUUCCAUGGAAUAUCUCGGUUUGCUCAUCACCCUUGGUGCCCAGCUUUAUGUGAAUCAUGCCACAGGCUUCCAUUGCAUAGACAAUAUAAAUUUGUAUAAUAAAUCAAUGAUCAUAUCAAGUAUAGCAUCACAGAGAUGCAGCUUCAUUAUUAGGUAAUAAGAGUGUGAUGUGAU